AUAGUUACAAUUACAGUUACACUACUGACUGCCCCAGCAAGACGCAAGAGACCCACCCCCACCUUCUUUACUAUGUUCUUUUAUAAACCUUGGCAGCACGGGAUGUUGUGUUCUUCAAGUCUGUGCUUUUCUCUCUCUUACCACCACCACCUCUCUGUCUCCCUUUAAGCAGAUCAUAAUAGCAAAUAAGUAAGUUCCAAUCGGACUUCUCUUUGCGCAGCAAACUCAAUUUCCUUUAUUAUGGCCGUUGACCAACACAACACAGAUUCAUUAUUGCUUCCUUCUCAGUCCCAGUUUUUCACUGAUGAUAACACCAAUAUUCUCUCAGACAACAACAAUAGACACCUUAACCAAACCUGCCCUUCUUGCUUUAGUUCAUCUGAUUUUGGUUCUGUUCUGAGCUCACCUGUUGAGUCUGAACUGGGUUCAACUGAGUCAGAUAGUGAACAAGACGACGAUUACAUUGCUCGGUUGACUCGCCAAAUGGCUCACUCAAUGCUCCAAGAUGAUGGUAACAGACGUGAAAAUAAGGCAUGGAGUUUGGCUGGUUCGCUCCAAUCAACAAAAUGGUCUCGGUUGAGGUCCAGCCAAGAAGAGGUCUCCAUGUUAGGGAAGUUUGAGAACUUGAAGAUGAAAGAAGAAAAGUUCGGGUAUAAUAAUAGUGAAAGAUUUUUAGCCACGAGGAAACCCAGAAACGCAAAUCUUGAGAUUCAUUCUAAACAGGCUCUAAUUGAUUACCAAAUACGAGCUAUUCAAUUCUAUAAGCUCAGACAAGAGCAGAUUAUGAAGCAAAAACAGGAGUCUCUGUAUUGGGGAAAACAAGCGAAUGGGUUUAAUCACAAUGAGCAUGAUAAACAAGAAGCCAGGCAAUUUCAUCAAAGCAAAGGGAGAGCUUGUACUGGGUCGGGUAAUGGACAAAGGGUUUCAUGGGCUAAUCUGCAACAGCAACAGAGAACCGGUUCAGAGAUGACAGCAGUUUUCCUUGGUGAAUCCGGUUCAAGAAACGGUUCUUUUGGCACAGGGGUGUUCUUGCCUAGAGGAAUCGGCAAUACUUGUGAGUCACGCAAGAAACCAGGGUGUUCCACUGUUUUUAUACCAGAAAGAGUAGUCCAAUCCCUAAAACUUCACUUUGACAAAAUGGGUUCUGAAUCAAGAUCCAAUGGAGCUAGUUUCCCUGCUCAACAUGAUGCCUUAACGGGUGAUGUAAGGUAUGGCCUGCAAUUCCAGAAAAAGAGCCGAUCCUGGACGGUGCCGGCAAAGAACCAAGAGAUGAGUCUGCCUCAGGAAUGGACUUAUUGACAUGGAGCAAAGCACACGGCUUGUUCGUCACUUUUAAUCUCUCUCACCUUAAUGGUGUUUCGGAUGUUUUUGCUAAAAAAAAGAGGAUAAAGAGUUGCAGAUAAAAUAAACAAGGAAAAGGGACAGACAUUGGUAAAAAAAACUGGGAAACUGCAUAGAAUAAGACAAAGCUAAGGCUCAAUGGAAUACUUUUUUUUUUUUUUUUAAAUUUCUUUAUAAAGGGUAAGUUAUAGAUGGAGGAAGAAAAUAAUGUUGUUUUAAAACAGACACAAACAGUUCUGUUCCUUCUUCUGGCUUCUGGUGACUGCCUAUAUAUAUGAUUAUUACUUACGAUUGUGGUGUUAUGUAAGGAUGUCUUUUAUAUAAUCCUUGUAAAAAUUCAGCUGUCUGCAAAGCGGAGUGCUUGGUUGCUUGUGUCUCUAAAGGGAUCACUUCUAUUUGAGUUGGAGAACUCUCAAAUCCCAA